AGCUUUCUAUGCGGACAAUAUCACAUGCAAGCUAGUCAAAUAUUUGCAGUUUCUGGUGACAUACAGCUCGACGUACGUUCUAGUGGCUCUGAGCAUAGACCGUUACGAUGCCAUCGCUCACCCCAUGAAUUUCUCAACUAGCUGGCGCAAAGCUCGACUUCUGGUGGCAUCUGCGUGGGGUUUGUCAGCCCUCUUCUCCAUUCCUGCCAUCUUUCUCAGCUCAAAGGAGCUAGUGGAGGGCGUUCCCCAAUGCUGGAUAGAUCUUCAACCGUGGCAAUGGCAGUUGUACAUGACCUUGGUGGCAGUCAGUCUCUUCUUUUUACCAGCUUUCAUCAUAGCAGCUUGCUACACAGUGAUCGUCUACACUAUCUGGACCAAAAGUCGACUCAUGGGAUACCCUAAGUUAUCCAAGUCCUCAUCAAUUGUUGGUGAUAGCAAGAAAAGUUGUGUGAGCAAAUCUAAAUCCAGCACGACCAUUGAAAAUGAAGUGGACAGAAAACGUGCCAGUUCCAGAGGCAUUAUACCUAGGGCUAAGAUCAAAACUGUCAAAAUGACUUUGGUGAUAGUCUUCGUGUUUAUUCUGUGUUGGAGCCCGUAUUUCGUCUACGACCUGCUUCAGGUGUAUGGCCAGAUCCCAGACGACCAUACGUUCGUAGCUGUAUCGACCUUCAUUCAGAGCUUGGCGCCACUGAACAGUGCAGCCAAUCCUAUGAUCUAUUGUCUCUUCUCGACGCAUAUCUGUCGUAACUUCAGGCUGCCCUUUUGCAACUGGGUAGCGCAAAAGUUGGGAUUUUGCUUCCCUUCUCUGCAGCGACCUCUUGCGGACGGCCAUUCUAGAGCUUCAGAAUACACAACCAUGACUGAGGCUAUGAGCACCAGCCAUAGAAAUAACGCUCUUCACCAUCAAAUGACCAUGGCCAGUGGCAGAAGACCUUUCCUGAAACAAGCUUCGACCAACUCCGAAGAUCACCGUAAAGGGGUCGUCUUCGGAGAUGUUACUGUUGCCAACUCGUCACGAAAUUCAAGAGUGUAAUGUAAUUCAAUGUUAAGCAAAGCUUUGAAUUCCUACCGGAUGUUGUUUCAGAACAAAUAUCACUGGAGGAUCGGAAGUACUCAGUAUUACGCUUAUAUCUUCUUAGAGUUUCACUGUUCGUUAACAUUUUCAUGAGGUCCGACAACAUGCACUAAGUAUUACGCUUAUAUCUUCUUAGAGUUUCACUGUUCGUUAAAAUUUUCAUGAGGUCCGACAACAUGCACUAAGUAUUUCAGGCAUAAAUACCCAUUUACGCCUGGCAUACUUACAUAACUGAGCACAAUUUAAAGAUUUUCUUUUAUGUCUUAAAAAAGACUCAGAAAAACACGUUUAUGUAAUGCCAGGUUACUACAUGAGAAAGCUUUGUUAUGUAUUUACCCAAAGUUUUCUAUGCAUACAUAAAUGAGAAUAUAAAACUAGUAAAUAAUUAUGUGGAAAGCAUUUCACCAGAAUUAUAAACUUUUUUAUGAAUAUACGUGGGCAAGCAUUGACAUACUAAUUUCAUUUCCAAGUUAUAAUUGCAUUAUAUAUAUGCUGCAUCAAUGUAAUAAAUAUUAUAUGCAUAUGAAGUUGAGAACAUAUAACUUUCAAGGCAUUAGGGCAAACUAAUGCCUUCAAACUUGUGUGUACUUUAUGCACUGCAACAAACAAAGCUACUUGUGUGUGCAAGUUGUACAAGCACACAAAUACAGGUAUAGCAUAAAUACAAGUACUUAUAUGUACAAUUACACAGCACUUAUAUAUACAACUACUUGUAAGCACAAAAAAACACACGUAUUUGCAUGUAGAAGCUGAUGUACAUGCAAGUUGAUAUACAACAAAGUUAUAUGUUGUACAUGUAUAUAUGUGAGUUCCGCAUUAUCGAUAAUAAAAGUACUCUCUAAUCUUUUUCAGUUUACUAAGCAAUCAUGAAACGAAAUACUGUCGAACUCCCCUAUAACGAAACUUAAAGAACCGAGGAUUUGAUUCGCUAUACCUGUUGAUUAAAUACAUCCUAACUGACCAGAAAAAAAUAGUCUCUUAAAAUUAGGCAAAAGUUGACUUAUGAAUCACAAAAUGAUUGUUUAGCACGGGUAUAUCUCCCAAAAGAAGUAAAUAACAUCUCCUAACUAAAAAAUUCAUAUUGCAGUUACUAAAUUUCUUUUUCGUUGUCGCUCAGUUUCAUCAUACGUUAAUAAGUUUACAUGAUAAGUUACUCAGCAUAAAAUUCAUGAUUUAGUUUCGUCCCUCCAAUCACAUACCUCCAUCUAAACUACAUAAAAUUCUUAUAAUUUUAUGAGAAAGGGGAUUCUUGAUACUGUUUCAGGUAAUGGAAUGGUAAACUAUUUCAGUAAUGCUUCUAGAACAUGCUCACGAUCGAUCCUUUGUAGAAGUUUUUCGCAUGAGUAAGAGUAAUGAAGUUUUAACUCUUCCACUCAACAGCAAUUCCAAAUUUCGAUAAACUUCACGCCAAUCAAAUAUAGAUAUGUUUGCAUAUAUAUAUCAGUUCAAUAUUAAUAAUACUCGUUUAACCUUUAUUACAGAAAGCCAUAUGUUUACGGCUUGGCAUACUAAUUUUCUGUACCUAAAAUUUCCGCAGUGCACAGUGAAGAGAGUUAAGUAAAAGAAUAUGUGCAGUUUCAAACUUCUGAGUUAAUAUGGUAAAGUAAAAUUAAUUUCAUCACUAAUGAUGUUCAAAGAAAAUGCAUUCAUUUGCCCACAGUAUUAUUUCAAAGUUCAAUAAAUAACCUUUAAAAUAAUAACCUAAAUCCACAGAAAAUCUAAGGAAUGAAAAAAAAAUCAGAAGACAGAACUUCAGCGUUUUAAUACUGAAGACAGCGUUUUAAUUACUAAACCAAUUGUAUUAAGCAAAAUUGGUCUUAUUAACACGAAAUCCAACUUCAGGUGCAGUUAUUGAUAUUCCCAAUUCUUGCAUGUUUCAAAUGUCUUCAGUCGAAACAAUUGGGUAAAAGAAUUUUAAUGAUUCAAACGCGUAUAUUUGCUCUUGCAAUGUUAAAUACUGUUCGAUUUCUCUCUACGCUGAGGGUAAAAACUAAAUUUUAGGUUAGACGACUUACUCUAACUUUUAGUCGGGAUUGUAUCAUCUCGCUUGUAGUAAAAUACUUCGCAUAAAUACAGUGGUGGCCAAAAUUGUGGACACUUUUGGAAAUUUUUAUGUUUUUGAACUU